UGUAAAUAAGUCAAUUUAGCCACAGAGAUUCGUAUGUAUGUUCUAUUUUAGAGACAGGAGACUCGAUUUUUAAUUUUAGAACGUGUUUGUGGCAUAAUGCACAUACCACACGUGGCUGCAGCAAAAAGCAGGGAUUGUAUUGUGACUGACACCUUUUCUUGCAGCUAAUACUUGGAUCUACUCUAUGCAAGUUAUAUUUAUUUGUACACAGAAUGGGUGAGGAGAAUAUUUCUAAGCACCUCAUAAAGCUGGUGCAAGACGGACAGUUGAACACGCUUCAAAAAGAAAUCAACAAUGACGACGACAUCAAAGAGUUGGUGGUCAGAGGACAUUUCGGUAGGUCUGGAGAUACGGUCUUGCAUUAUGCGGGUAGACACGGACAUUUGGAUAUUAUUAAGUAUUUAGUUGAAGAAAUAGGCAUGGACAUUGAGCUGUACAACGGUGAUUAUAAGAGGCCACUUCACGAAGCCGCUUCAAUGAGCCACGCAUCCUGUGUCAGCUACCUGCUAACGAGAGGAGCAAAAGUGGAUAGCUUGAAAAAGGCAGAUUGGACCCCCCUGAUGAUGGCCUGCACCAGGCGUAGUCUUGAGGUGAUGGAGCUGCUGCUGGGGGCUGGAGCGAGCGCCUCCCUGAAGAACAAGGACGGCUGGACGGCCUUCCACAUCGCCUGUCGAGAGGGAGACCCAGCGGUGAUACAGCACCUCCUUCUGGUCGAUAGUGAGAUCUGGAGGACGGAGAGCAAGACCAAGCGUACGCCUCUGCACACAGCAGCCAUGCAUGGAUAUGAAGAAGUGGUCCGGAUUCUUCUAGAGAGGUGUGAGUAUGGCCGAGAUAGCAAAGAUAGCUGUGGUGUGACUCCCUUCAUGGAUGCACUGAGAAGCGGUCACGUCAACGUCGCCAAAUUGCUGUUGGAAAAACACCAGGCCUCUCCUGUGGCGGUGGACGUGUUGGGGGUGCCCCCGCUGCACCAGGUGUGUGUGACUGGCCAGGAGGGGGCGUUGCACUACCUGGUGGGGGAGCUGGGGGUGGACGUCAACACCAAGGCCACCAGGAUGCAGCUGACCGGCCUGCACUACGCCGCCAAGGAAGGACACACCAGCACCAUUAAGACCCUUCUAGAACUAGGAGCAGAUCUGUAUGCUACAGAUACAAAGGGACGAACAGCUCUACACAUGGCCAGCAUUGGUCAGCAUGCGGCGACGGCGGCUGCUCUGCUGUCACUGGGUCUGAGGGACUCAGCCGACGCAUCCGGAGUCAGAGCAGCUCAACUGGCCAAGAAGCCCGACCUCAGAACAGUGCUGCAGAGUGAAUGAGAGUUGAAUAGAUGUUUGCGCGUCUGCAUGAGUGCACCUGCAUAUGUAGUAUGUGUGCAUGUGCAGAUACACUUGCUAGACCAGGGAACUUUUUAUGCCACAUUUUUUUCAUCACCACCAUCGGACUACAACUCUGAGCUCGAGGCGCAGGUGGUUGCUCACUGACUGCUGAUAUUGUGUGGAAGGAAUAGGAGUGUUCUCUAUCGGCCAACAGCAUAAUUACAGCGGAUUAAUUCAGUAGUGUUUUGAAAAAUCUUGUCAUUAUUUAUUUAUUUUUGUAAGUAUGUUUUAUCUAAGGGCCACACUGAGUGAGGAGGCGGGCCACAUGUGGCCCCCGGGCCUCCAGUUGCCCAUCCCUGUGCUAGACUGUACUAGCCAACCUGGAGUAGUACACUCACUGUGAAUGCAAACACACACAUGCAUGUGGUGUAUAUGCACCACACACAGAGAGAGACACACACACACACAGAGACACACAGUAGGACUCAUACAGUCAGCAGCACACUGGACAUGCCAAUCCCAUAUCAGCACACACACAAAUGUCCACCACGCACAUGGAUGUACACACACACACAAACACACACAAAUGUCCAUGCACAUGGACGUAUACACACAAAAGUGUGUGCAUGGAUGUACACACACACACACACAAAUGUCCAUGCACAUGGACGUACACACACACACACACACACACACACACACACACACACACACACAAACAAGUAUGAUUAUACGCAUGGAUGCACAGACGAGCAGAACUGCGUAUGUGUACACAAAGACACAAAAACACAUAGACUUUAAUGAUCAAUGAAGUGUACACAGACAUUUCCACAUGAAUGGGUCUUUAUCAGGUGUGACUGUAUCUUGUGUAGGAGGAGUCUACUUGUCACACACACA